AUGUUGGCGGGACGAGAAAAUCAACGAUUAAGAAAUGGAAAAGUUUCUUCUGCUCAAAUGGCUUACCCUAGAAGAGUUAAUAAGGGUAAGCAGGAGGCAGCAACAGCAGAAGAAGCAGAAAGAAUGUUGAGGGGACGGGAGAGCUUGAUCCGAUUGGUGGGAAAACGCAGAAGAUUCCUCCCCAAUCGUCAAUCUUUUCUUUCCAAUUCCAUUCCCAUCCCCAUCCCCAUCAAUCUCAUCUCUGACUCUCAGCCUCAGACCUCGUUGAACUUGGAAAAAACAGAUGAAAAUGAAAAUGAAAAUGGAAGAAUAAUGUCAACUGAGGCUGAAGAGCAAUCCAAAUUAGCGUCGUCUUCUGAUUGGGUAACUUGCCCUAUUUGUUCCUCUAAGCUUGCUGCUCAAGACCACAUCAUCAACUCUCAUUUAGAUGCAUGCCUAACCAGAGGAACCAAGCGGAAAUUUACGCAACGCACCCUCUUCCAACUCAACUUCUGCUCACAACCAACGGCACAUACUCCUUCUAGUGAUUUUAAAAAGUUGGGAACAGGAGCUGUACGGGAGGAUGCGACGUUUGGUUUUGACAACUCUACUGCAGGUGACGAAAAUGAAGGCAAUUUAGGCACAUUGGUUCGGAUGGGAGAGAAUGUUUUGGAAAGUAGCGCAGAUGGUUCGACUGUGAAACAGAAAAUGAUUGGUUCUGAUGAGAUCAACAGCCUGGUUGAUCCCUCUUUGUUGGCCUUGAGAAAUGACGUUGCAGAAUGUGUAGAGGCUGUAACUGUGGAUGACAUAUCUGGGGUGUUUCUUGAAACCUUCAUUGUUGGACGUAGAUUUAGUGUUGAAAAGGAGUUAAAUCUUGGAGCAAACAUCUCUCUUUUGAGAGAGCCAGAUAAUGCCAAAGAUCCCAAUGCUAUCCAGGUUAUCUUGGCAGAUUCGAGAUGCUGUAAAGUGCUGGGUUAUCUCCCUCGAGAAUUAGCCCAAUCUUUGUCUCCUCUAAUCGAUAAGCACUCUCUGAGCUUUAAGGGAUGCAUAACUUCUGUUCCAAAACAUUAUCUUGGUGUUGUUCCCAUUCAAAUCGAAUGUUGCAAAGUUAUGUUACAAAGGGAUAAAGACCAUAAGGAAAUUGAGGACUUCACAUGUUCAUGGAAAAAUGUUCUUCAUGCAGUUGAAUCUGCGAAGAAUUAUUUGCCUAAUAUGACAAAAUAUCAACAAAACUUUUGUCUGUUAAUACAAGAGGUUUUAAAGAGUAAUCCUCACCUUUUCACCGAUGAUGAAAAAAUGUUUGUAGAAUCAUUUAUUUCUCUCCCAGAUGAUGGUCAGAGGCUCUUUGUUCGGCUUUAUACACGUAAAGGACCAUGGUUUCGGAUGUCUAAUAUUUCGUACCCAGAAGUUUUUGAUUCUCAACAGGCUAUCAAGGAUCUUUCUGCAAGGGGUUAUAUGUACUCCUUUGAAGGUUCAGAUGAACUAGAAGAGAGUGAUAUGGAGAAGAUUUUGAAUUUACUCACUGUGUCUGAGCUACGUGAAAUUGCAUCCAUGUCCAAGAAUGGUACCCGCGUUACAAGAAAGCAGGAUCUUAUUGCGUCUAUUUUUUCUUCCUAUGAAGAUGGAGUAUGCCCAUUCCUACCAAGUGCUAUUUUUGAUAGAACAGGAAUCUGUAUUAAGAUAUCUUCAAAAGCUGAAUCCCUUAUCUGGCGCACUGAGAGACUUUUCUUCUUGAAUGGAGAGCAGGAUCUUUCAGCAUUUCUACUAGUUGAUUUGGGCAUCGUCAAGUAUCCAGCAUACCAAUGCAUAAUAUCAGAACAGAUUUUCUCAGCUCGAAGUGACCUUAUAGCUUAUGAGGAGGCAAUUGAAUUGGCACAAAUCAUGGAUGAAUCUCUUGAUGAAAACAACAUUGAAAUAGUAUCAAGAUGCAUAAAGAUAGCUGACUCUCGUUUGUCUCAUACUAAAGCUAGUCACUCAACAGGCUCUGAAUUAGUGGCUACUUUUUUUUCAUGCUUUUCAGCAUCCUGGGUAUUCUCUAAAGUGGUCUUUCUAGGAGUUUCUUUUCUUGAGCGUGAGCGCAGGUACAAGGAUGCAAUUAAUUUGUUGAAGAGGUUGCUUUUUUGCUUCACUUGUGAUAGAAGAAGGGGGAACUGGACACUGAGGUUGUCUAUUGAUUUGGAGCACAUGGGCUGUCUCAAUGAGAGCCUUUUAGUUGCUGAAGAUGGGUUACUGGAUCCAUGGGUACGUGCUGGUUCAAGAAUGGCAUUGCAAAGGCGAGUUCUUCGUCUGGGAAAACCACCAAGGCGCUGGAAAGCUCCUAGUUUCUCACUGUUUUUCAAGAGGAAGAUCAGAGAGGUUCAUAUUCAAGGAAGACCUUUGAACUGUGAAGCUGGCGUGAAGAGCAGAUUCUAUGGAGAAGAUGGGGCACAAUGUGGAGUUGAGCAGCUUGCUUUACAGUAUUAUGCUGGCGAAGGAGGUGGAUGGCAGGGUGUUCAUACGGAGAGUGGAAUUUGGUUGACAAUUUUUGCGCUUCUUAUGUGGGACAUUAUUUUUUCUGAUUCACCAAAUGUCUUCCGCAACAGAUUUCAAUUGUGGAAGACAAAUUUAGAAAUGGUAGUGGGGUGGGUUGGAAGUGGGUUUAGCCUCCCCCAGUUCUCAUCAUGGAUAACAAGGCAGACUGCUCCUUUGGAUUUGGAGACUGAUAGCUUCUAUCUAGCGAGAAAGAGCCUCAUAGAAUCUCAGUUGCAGAAAAUUUAUGAUGGCAUGGCGGAGGAGAUCCUCAUCACAUCAUGGGAAUUGCAUUCUGGAACAGCUUGUAGGGGCAUUAAUUGGGACCGGCAUUCUCUCUCAGAACUUCGGGCUGCUGUUACCUGCGUUGGAGGCCCUUGUUUGGCCUCACUCUGCCGACACCUUGCUCAAGAUUAUCGAAGCUGGUCCAGUGGAAUGCCAGAUUUAUUGCUGUGGCGCUUCCAUGGAGAAUACAAGGGUGAAGCCAAGCUUGUUGAAGUUAAAGGCCCCAGGGAUUGUCUAUCUGAGCAACAACGAGCGUGGAUGUUGUUGCUAAUGGAUUGUGGAUUCAAUACGGAAUUAUGUAAAGUAAGCAUCAUGCCACUAUCCACAUGA